AAAGGAAGACUUUCUUUCUACCUCACUCUGUAAUCGGAGCAAAGCAGCCUCCUUUACUUCAAUCCCAAGUGCAGGUAGAAAGAUCAAUGAAUUCCAUGGCAGUUAGUACGGAAUUCUCCACAACUCUCUGUAAUCAUUGUGACAGAGAUAUCCCAGCUCCGAAUUUUGAUUUGCAUUAUGCUCAUUGCAUCCGCAACCUUGAAAAAUGUAGAAUUUGUGGAGAUAUGGUUCCCAAAAAGCAUUCUGAGGAACACUACCUCAAUACCCAUGCUCCGGUGUCUUGUUCACUAUGCAGUGAGACAGUUGAGCGUGAAGUGCUAACCCUACAUAAAGGUGAAAGGUGCCCUCAGAGGAUUGUCACGUGUGAGUAUUGCGAGUUCCCAUUGCCUGUGGUCGAUCUCUUCAAGCAUCAGGAGGUAUGUGGGAACCGGACGGAAUAUUGUGAAAUUUGUUGCAAAUAUGUUAGGCUCAGAGAGCGGUUGGACCAUGAAAGACAAUUUCAUAGCGGCACUCCUGGUGUUCCUGCUGAACCUUCCAGGGUGGCUGAGAGCGCAUCUGAUUGGGGGCAACGAGGCAUACCUAGAGGGAGAGCACAUGAUUCAUCUCAGAAGAGGCUUUUUUUCACAAUUGCACUUACUGGAAUUGCUGUUUUGAUCGGCUCCUUCUUCCUCCAAAGAAGACCACAAACCCCAGAGCAAUAACAUACCGGGUUCCCUUAUUUAACUACUCUACUUAGUAUUUGUAUCAACUUAGAAGUUGUACGAGAGCUCUUCAUCUCUUGUAAGUUGAACCUGUGAGAUUAGUGGAGGCCUCAAAUGAAUUUCUGAAUUACUUUUGUAAGGAAGCAAUGAGAAUCAGUGUGGGACAAAACCUGCUUCUUUUAAGAAGCUAUGUGUUAAGUCUGAUUAUCCAUGCAUAUAUUUUGUAUAAUGGACUGGAUUUGCGUUCGAGGAGUUGUAGUCAAUGUGUCAUUUGCUCA